AUGGCGAGGAGAUCUACUUAUGGACCCUUCUUGAUGGCAAGGAAGAUUGCAGUACAUGGCCAAGCGAAUCGGACUAAGUCGACUCAGACCAGCCACCUCCCUUGUGGUAAUGCUUUUUUCUGCACCCUCGGCGAGCAAUUUGCGGCCACCAAUGGGAAGAAUAGAGGGGAAAUGAGGAGAAAAACCAAGAAGGUCAAUGUAAGAUCGGCCUUCAUCAUUGAUAAUAGCACCCACCGCGAUGCGUCUAUAUGCAGAAACUCUUUUCUCCAUAAGAUAUGUACUGUUAAAAACCGUAAUGAGACACAACUGGAGCCAAUGAUGUUAUCGGAUCCCACUGAUUGUUUUCCUGACCGGAAAAGAUGUGAUGUGCAUCGUGUACGCAACAUGAUGCAAAUAUUUUCAUUAAAGUUGGCUAAAGUUCCUGUGAUCACAAGCUCGGUACAACUAUAUGGAUAUAUAGCUGUACGAGAUUGUCUGGAUUCAUUGCUAAAUUAUAUUGUCAAUCGUAGCAGGGACGAUCCCAUGACGGUGCAGCAGGUCCGGUUCGGAACUCCUUUGGCUUUGUGCUCCGCAAACUCCGUGCACUGA